UCUAGCAGUGCAAUCUCAGCAAACCGGGUGGGAAAAAUUCAAAGGUUUCCAGUUUCAUUUAUGGAAACGAUUUCGAUCGAAGCAUUUUAGAAGUAAUUGACAUGGAUCCGCCGAUCAAGCAAGAAGUGAAAAUCGAAAUCGAGCAGGAAGGUGGCAUUAACGAGGAUGAGGCCACGCCGCUCCGGGAAAGUACAGGCGACACUCCGCCACAUGCAUUUGCGGCCGAAAUUCCGAUGUCCGGAUCAGGAUGGGACAGUGACCCGGAGGAUAGCGCCCAUGCCCACCUCUCGGCGCCUCCGACUCCGGGCGCACAUCUAGAUGAGCCACUAGGACCCAUCGAACCGAAGGUUGAGCCGAUGCUCAAAAUUGAUCGUGAAAACGAAAUGCUAGACGCCUUGCUGAAUGAACCUUUCGAUGCGGAACCUCCGGCGACCUCGAAUUUCCCGGGCGACGUUAAGCCAGAAGUGAAACAAGAGGUCGAUGGACUUCCCAGUCAUUUUUCGAGCCGGGAAAACCUGGACGACAUGGAUUUGUGCAGCCUCGAGGCUUCCAAGGAGCUUCUGCCAGAGGAAACCCAAGGUGUAGCGUCAUUCGAUGCGAUCCAAGAAGACGCUUUGGUGACCGAGAAAGAACUUUAUGAAAAGCAACGCCAGAUCCUCAAAGAGCUGAGCGAGCAGGAGAGCAAGGAAGCCCGGGAAGAGGACAGCCGGGAGAAGAAGAAGAAAAAGAAGCACAAGAAGGAUCGCUCCCAUCGCUCGAGCAGGGAUCAGGAGGAGUCCAAGAAGCGAAAGCGUAGCGGGAGUUCGGAGGAGGAUAGUGAGAAGAAGAGAAGACACCGUGAUGAUCGCGAUGAUCGCGAUCGUCGUGGACGCAAGCAUCGCAUCAAGGCCGAAAAGCCGGAUGAGGAGUUGGACUACAUUCCAGUUCGUCCCGACGAGAAGUACAUCCGACCGGUUAGCUUCUCCAAUCUCGCCGAGCGUCCGCCGCCGAAGAACGAACUGAACACUGACAAUCUGUCCAAGGCGGACAAGCGCAAUCUGGCCAUAGCACGGGCCGAAUUGGUGCUGGAACUGUUCGAGAAGAGGGCCAACAAGGAGGUGGCGGAGGAGUUCCACAUGGUGGACACUAUCUGCAAACUGCCCGUUAACGAAUCCUUUAGGAACCAGGAUUGCUUCGAGAAUCCCUCGCCCAUUUGCAACAACAUGAAUGUGGUCUACGAGUUCAAUUCCACGCCCGGAACCCGAAUCGAUUUGGCAAAAUGGGGCUUGCAAGGAGUGCCCCAGGCCACUGGGAAGCUGCUCCGCCUGCUGGGCAUCGAUGUGGCGCGCCUCAAGCAGAUCCAGAGUACAGCAAAACCAUCGCAGCGCAUUCUGAAGCUGAAGAAAGAGAAGCUGGAACAGGGAUUGGCACCAACGGAGGAAGAUGGCACGGCGACGCUCUACAAGAAUGCUGCAACCCAAACGGAACGCAGGACCGCCACCCGGGAUGAGGGCACCCAGGUUCGCCUGGAAAGCAACCAGAAGGGGGCCUUUUGGGAGCACCCCUCAUUCGAUCCAAUGAAUCUGACCCAGCACCAGUCCAAUGUGAUGUUGGCCCUGCAGGAGAUCUACAAGAAGCUGCCCAGCCCCGCCGUGGCUGGCGAACUGUACAAGGCUUUGAAACCGGUUCUGGCCAUCUCUCGAGCGGCUGCCCAUCAUUAAUAACAAUUUCCAGAAUUUCUGUAAACCAAAUAAGUAUGCCAAAUGAUGCCUUCCUUUAAUUCCAUAAAGGAAUCACAAAUUGUAAUUGCUUUAAUCCCCACAAGUGCCUAUAAAUCUCUCGUUUAAACGGCUUUACAUAUAUUAAUCACGUUUAGAUUUGUAAGUCAUCUCGCUCAAUGUAUUCUCACUUUCUCUAUACAAUUAAUAAAUACACAUAUGCACAUGCAUCGUA